AUGGCCCCAGUUGCUGUCGCCCCAGAGACCCCGGUGUUCAACACCAAGCGGGAUGGACAGGCUCUCGAGGAGACCUCCGACGCCAUCGACACCGUCAACGUCCUCAAGCAGAACAUCAAGCAAGAAGACAAGGACAUCUACGCCGAGUCUGAAUUUGACAAGAACAAGGACAAGACCAAGUUCCGUCAAUACGAGGAUGCCUGCGACCGUGUCAAGAACUUCUACAAGGAGCAGCACACCAAGCAGACUGUCGCUUACAACCUGAAGGCCCGUCACGCCUUCCACUCCAAGACUCGCGCCGAGAUGACCAUCUGGGAGGCCAUGGAGAAGCUCAACACCCUCAUUGACGAGUCCGACCCCGACACCAGCCUCUCUCAGAUCGAACACCUUCUUCAGUCCGCCGAGGCCAUCCGCCGCGAUGGCAAGCCCCGCUGGAUGCAGCUAACCGGUCUCAUCCACGACCUUGGCAAGCUGCUCUACUUCUUCGACGCCCAAGGCCAGUGGGAUGUCGUCGGCGACACCUUCCCCGUCGGCCUCGCUUUCGAUGACCGCAUCAUCUACGGCACCGAGUCCUUCAAGGAGAACCCUGACUAUGGCCACGAGAUCUACGGCACCAAGUACGGUAUCUACAGCCCCGGCUGUGGCCUAGACAAGGUCAUGCUCUCCUGGGGUCAUGACGAGUACCUCUACCAUGUCGUCAAGGACCAGUCCACUCUCCCUGACGAGGCCCUGGCUAUCAUCCGCUACCACUCCUUCUACCCCUGGCACAAUGCCGGCGCAUACCAGGAGCUGAUGAACGACCACGACAAGGAGAUGCUCAAGGCCGUCAAGGCCUUCAACCCCUACGACCUGUACAGCAAGAGCGACGACGUUCCCACCGUCGACGAGCUCAAGCCAUACUACCUGGAACUCAUCGACGAAUUCUUCCCCAACAAGGUCAUCAAGUGGUAG